UUUUAUUUAUUGGCGACCGCAGAGUAAAACCAUAAAAUUGCAUCAACCCAUCAACCAAGUUGUUGUAAUUUGAUUAGAAGUUGAGGUAGAACUCGCAUUCGGCGGACAACGAAAAUUCCGACAGAAGCUGUAAUUUGAGAAUUCCACACCACUAAAUAGGCAUUAAGUGGAUAGCAGAUCUCGGUACAUUCAUUACACUAAAAGUGCAAAUCACCACCACCCUAUUCCAUAACCGCAACAUAAAUCGACGCCAUUUCGGCUAAAUAUAUAAACAGGCUAAAGUAAUUUUCAGGAAAAUAUCCAAAUAUGUCGGAGACUCCAAGUACUCCCGAAAAAUUGAUCCCCGGACACCCCGGCAAACCUCCAUUGAGCAGAAAUAGCAGUAGCGGUAGUCCAAACUCUACUCUGCAGUUGCCAAGUCCCAUUAUUACAAAGCGUACUAGAACCGCAUCCACAUCUGCACGUGCAUUGGAAAAUCCUAUUGUCACCGGCGUUGUGAAGUCAUUUAGCCGCACUAAGGGUCAUGGUUUCAUUAAACCAAAUGAUGGCAGCGAAGAACUCUUCUGUCAUAUAUCCGAUAUUGAAGGUGAAUAUGUGCCAAUGGAGGGCGAUGAGGUAAAGUACCGUUUGUGUGCUAUUCCUCCAAAAAAUGAAAAAUUCCAAGCUGUACAUGUGAAAAUUAUCAACUUAACCCCUGAAGUUCAUCACAGAUGGGAAGAAUAAAAGUUUAAGACCGUCGUAAGAUUGUAGCCACAGCCUGCCGUUAACAGAUUCAAACAACAAUUGAAUUCUACGAUAUAAUAGUGGAAACAACCGAUAAAAAAAACGUAUUGCCUCGUUCUAUUCGCCAGUUUUUUUUAAUUAAUAAAUUUAAGCGCACACCAUUGUUUUCUAAAAAUAAGUGGAAUGAUUUUGAAGAAAUAAAAAAAAUGUUUUCAUGAAAUAAAGAAUCCA